UCUCAACUUGAUCGAAAUUAAUAUUAUCUUCGGGCUUUAGUUUGUAUAGCCAACCAGAGAGGAGGACAAUUACAAGAAUUCGUCAACAUGGGUGUUCUUGGAGCCAUCGCAAAGCUCUUGGAUACUAUAAUCGGGCCAUCAAUUAUGCUUGUAUAUCCUUUGUAUGCGUCAGUGCGAGCAAUCGAAAGCCCUUCAACACUAGACGAUCAACAAUGGCUGACCUAUUGGGUUUUGUACUCUUUCAUAACACUAUUUGAGCUUUCCUGCUGGAAAGUUCUUGCGUGGGUUCCAAUAUGGCCGUACAUAAAGCUCUUGUUUUGCAUGUGGCUGGUAUUGCCGAUAUUCAAUGGAGCAGCCUAUAUUUAUGAGAAUAUUGUGAGAAAGUAUGUCAAGGUUGGUAAUGUAUACGUGACUAGCACUUCAAGUAUUUAUACGGACGGCCAAAAGAAAGUCCUCCAGAUGAUGAGCUUUGAUGCAAGAAAGUCUGUUGGACGUUAUAUUGAUCAAUAUGGAGCCGAUGCUUUCGAACGCGUCAUCAAAGCGGCUGAAAGAGAAGCAAAGAAGCACUAAUCCCAUGAAGUACAUGCAGAGACAAUAUAUACAUAUAUAUAUAUAUAUCAGACACGCUAACUGCUUGGAAAUAUUUAAGAGGAGCUACAUAUAUGCCCAGGACUUGAAUGGAAGAAUACCCAUGUGCUUUUGUUUGAAUUUGAUGAUGAUUAUUAAGAGAGAUCAAAGUGUGUAUAUAUAUAUAUAUAUAUAUUUGCUUUAUGUGGUUAUAAUUAAUGAUGAAAAAUGACAAUCUUUGUUCUUGAGAUGAAAAUACAGUGGUUCGAUCUUCU